GAUGCCCGAGACUUCCACCACUUUGGCUGCUGUGUCCACCGCCGCGAGCGUCGGUCUCGCGCUCUACGUGCUCAAGCUGCGCGCGGAUAUUGCCGCCUCUGCUAAUGGCACGAAGACGGUCAAGACCGUUUCUAAAACGACUGUGCGCAAUGCAAAUGGUGGCAAACUCUGGACCGCUGAGGAGCUAAUCGCCGAACGCCGCAGUAUCUUCCCGCCAGACUAUGACGGCAACAAGCAGGUGCCUCGUGAGGUGCUGAACAAGAUGUUGGCAGCUGCUAACUGGGCCCCCACACACGGCAAGACGGAGCCUUGGCGCUUCGUGGUGUUCGAGGCGCCCGAGAAGCGUCUGGAGGUUGGCCAACUCAUGGCUGAUUGGUACAAAACCCACGUGCCGGCGGACAAGUUCCUAGAGUCUAAAUACAAGAAGAUGAUCUUCAACUGCACAGCCUCAUCGCACGUCAUCGCUAUCUGCAUGAAGCGCCAGAAGAGCGGCAAGAUCCCCGAGUGGGAGGAGAUGUGCGCGGUGGCCUGUGCCGUGCAGAACAUGCACUUGAUGGCCACUGCACACAACGUCGCGGCGUACUGGAGCUCGGGUCCGCCUAUUACGCUGGCGCAGGAGAUGAAGGACCAUCUGAAGUUGGAGGAGGCUGACAAGUGCCUCGGACUCUUCUACGUCGGCGUGCCGAAGGAAGACACAAAGACCCCCAAGGUUGCUCGAAAGCCCAUCGAGAACAAGGUCACAUGGGUGUCGGCGUAAGUUAAUUUGUCGUUUUCCACGUUAAGAACUCAAUAAAGUGUGAACAGCUUUUGA